AUGGCAUCAUCGUCUAAAGCAGAAAACAAAUCUGCAAAUGUUUACGACAACAAAGACGUCACUGAGCACUAUCGUGAGCGUCGCACCAAGUAUCCUGCUGAAAUCUUCGAUAGAAUUGGAAAGUUUUGUGAAGAGAACAGAGUUGGUUUGGACCUCGCGCUGGACAUUGCAUGUGGGUCAGGCCAGGCAGCAGAACCUUUGGCGGGAAUAUUCAAGAAGGUGAUAGGUGUGGACGGAAGUGGAUUUCAGAUUGCCAAAGCCCCGCGAGAUCUUGAGAACUUGAGCUAUAUGGUGGCGGACUGCAACAAACCGUUCAACUUUGCGGAGACUGGAACCGUGGACCUCAUUAACAUAGCCACAGCCCUCCACUGGCUGGACAAAGGAAAAUUCCCCACUACGUAUGCUAAAAGCACGCACACUGCUACGUCAUUGUUAGAGUUGUGGAAGACUGUGCAUGUAUAUGCACUGCAUAAGAAGGAGAAUCCGGACAUGGACGAAAGAUUACAUGAACUAUUUAAGGAGUGGCAAGAUGGCAAUAAAGACAAAUCGUUCGUCAUGCGUGUGCCUUACUACCAAAUAAUAUGCCAGAAACCUCAUGCUGACUGA